UGACAGACGUCAGAGGGAGUUCCGGAAAAAAAAGUGGCAGGUGUGCGCACGAAGCUUCUGCCGGGGAGUCGAGAUGCGAACUUUGAAGCGUACGGUUCGGUCCAAUCAAGGUCGGCCAAGCCAGGACGGCCGCGUUCGGUGGUGGUACGCAAAAACAGCCAGGUGGUCCGUCGAUUCGCAACGGAAUCGGAAAAUUGAAGGUGAUAGCACCCGGUGGCAGCAAUAUCAACAGUCGGGUCGUUCAGCAGCCACGAGACCGGAACAGCCAAGGCGGCUGUCUACAGUAUCGUUACCGGAAAAGCCCAUCUGGUCCCUCCUCAGUGGUCAAAGUCGGAGCAUGGACCGUUCAACAGUGCCUGGAAGCGGAAAAGCCAGGUCGGCGAAAGUGGAACCAUUCGGCCUGCGAGUCAUUCCCGAAUUGUCGGGGCCAUUGGGUAACUGGCCAAUCCACGACGGUGCAGCUUCCGCAGUGCCAUUUCGCAAUGAGGUCAGCAUCGGAAACGGCAGGAGCGAGCCAGCUAGCUCCGAGUUUCGCGCCAAUGGCGGAUCGAGGUUCGGAAUGCAAAGGAGUCACUGUGUUCAUGUCGCAAAAUUGUGAACCGUUCGACGAGGCAGAACUGAAGGAUUGGGUUGAUGAUUAAUACGUCCAAGACGAAGUACAUGCUGGCCUGCGGAUCCGAGACCGACCGAACCCGCUUGUCCAGUAAUAACAAGGUCACGAUCGACGGCGACGAGCUGGAGAUAGUCGAAGACUUUAUCUAUCUCGGCUCACUGGUGACCGCAGACAAUGACACCAGCCGUGAGAUCCGGAGGCGAAUUAUCAGCGGAAGUCGUGCCUACUUUGGACUCCACAAGCAACUGCGGUCGAGAAGACUUAGCCCUCGCACGAAGUGUAACCUGUAUAUGACGCUCAUUAGACCGGUGGUUCUCUACGGGCACGAGACUUGGAUAUUGCUCGAGGAGGACCUGCGUACACUCGGGGUAUUCGAGCGACGAGUGUUAAGAACCAUCUUUGGCGGCGUACAGGAGAACGGAGUGUGGAGGCGAAGGAUGAACCACGAGCUCGCGCGACUCUACGGCGAACCCAGUAUCCAGAAGGUGGUGAAAGCUGGCCGGAUACGCUGGGCGGGACAUGUUGCGAGAAUGACGGACGAUUGUCCUGCGAAACAGGUGUUCGCUACGAAUCCGGUAGGAACAAGACGAGCGGGAGCGCAACGAGCGCAACGAGCGAGGUAGUUAGACCAAGUGGAGCGUGAUCUGGCGAACGUGGGGUGCCCGGAAUACUAUAUAAAUAAAAAAUAAAUCUGUAAUUUUGUGAGUCAACCAAAAAC